AUGGGGCUGCGAACGUACGUUACAUUAUUCUGUUUAGUUUUUGCGUCCACGUCUUACUCUUUGGAACUGGUGUCUUUGGAGCGGGACCCCUCUGGAGAGAGACAUGUCUCUAAGCUGUCGAAGAGGCACGAUGAUGUGGGAGAAACCUGCGCUCGGGUAAAACCGACGCCAAGGGAUAUAGUGAGGCGUGUUUACGCGAUUAUGCCGUACUUCGACAAGGACCAUGCAAAUACGGCGUUCCUCCACAAAUAUAGGGCGACAGUUCACGGAAUGUCUGAAGGAGAAGACUUGCUGGACCGCGAGGCAGCGCUCUAUGCGUCGAUCCUCACGCCACUUGUCUUCCUGCAGCAGUACAGGGACACUUGGUGUCUUCUUGAAAGGAUCCGUACCUUCAUCACUGAGCUCCCUGGACGGGAACAGAUGAUGCGCACAACACAGAACGCGCACGCAGAAGCAGAAGAAGAAGAUUUCCACGAGAGGAAGGAGGUCAGAUACAUAAAGGAGCUGAUUAAAAACCUCGGA